AUGUCAGCACCGUCCCCACCACCUUCCAUAUCCACUCCUCCGCCUUCUUCACCGUCGCUGCCUCCUACUCCACCUCCGCUAUCAUCGCCGCCUCCUACUCCAACUCCGCCAAAAACCUCUCCUCCGCUAUCAUCGCUGCCUCCUACUCCAACUCCGCCAAAAACCUCUCCUCCGCCUUCACCUCCCUCCAAUCCACCAACAUCACCGCCGUCCAAUCCAUCUCCUCCACCGGAAAAUUCACCACCUCCUUCCGUCAUCGCCUCCACCACCCCUCAAAAACUUAACUCAAACUCCACCACCAGCAUCACCUCCUCCUCCACCUUCAAAUUCACCACCAAGGUUAUCUCCUCCAUCACCCUCAAUCAUUCUGUUGUCGCCGCCGCCGCCGCCGCAACAGAACGGAUCAGAAACCGAAGCAGUGGUGGAAUUGGUUCUGGUGCUGUAGUGGCUGUUGCCGUGUUUGGUGGAAUUCUAUUGCUUGGCUUCAUUGGAGUUGCUAUCUGCUGUUUGAGGAGGAGGCAAAAGAAAAAGGAUUCUCCUAAUGAUGCUUAUGUCGUGCCUUCCACUCUUCCCUCCUCAUCUCAAUCAGAUUCAUCCUUUUUUAAGAUACAUGCUGCCUCUGCUUCUUUUGUAACAAGUGGAUCUAGCAGUAAUGUUGAACAUAAACCAUCUGGCCCUGAUGGUGGAAUGAGCUACUCAAGGAACUGGUUUUCCUAUGAAGAACUAAUCAAGGCCACAGAUGGUUUCUCAACUCUGAAUCUUUUGGGAGAGGGUGGUUUUGGUUUUGUAUAUAAAGGAUGUUUACCUGAUGGGAGAGAGAUAGCAGUGAAGCAGCUCAAAAUCGGUGGAAGUCAAGGGGAGAGAGAAUUCAAAGCUGAAGUUGAGAUAAUUAGUCGUAUACAUCAUCGCCAUUUGGUUUCUUUAGUUGGAUACUGCAUUCAAGAUAACAGAAAAAUACUUGUCUAUGACUAUGUACCUAACAACACCCUCCAUUUUCAUCUACAUGAAAAAGGUCAACCAGUGCUGCAAUGGGAAAAACGUGUUAAAAUCGCAGCUGGUGCAGCUCGAGGAAUAGCUUAUCUCCAUGAAGACUGCAAUCCUCGGAUUAUUCACAGAGAUAUCAAGCCAUCUAACAUUCUUUUGGAUUACAACUAUGAAGCUCGUGUCUCAGAUUUCGGUCUUGCCAAAUUAGCUCUAGAUACAAAUACACAUGUAACAACGCGUGUCAUGGGAACUUUUGGGUAUGUUGCCCCUGAAUAUGCGUCAAGUGGAAAACUGACUGACAGAUCUGAUGUAUAUUCCUUUGGUGUUGUAAUUUUGGAGCUCAUUACCGGACGGAUGCCCGUAGAUCCAUCACAACUGGGAGAUGAGAGUCUAGUUGAAUGGGCUCGGCCUUUAUUAAGUGAUGCACUUGAAACUGGGGAAUUUGAGAGUUUGGUAGAUCCAAAGCUAGGAAAGAAGUACAUUGAUACUGAAAUGUUUUGCAUGAUUGAAGUUGCUGCUGCUUGUGUUCGGCAUUCAGCUGCUAAGAGACCUCACAUGGGACAGGUUGUUAGAGCUUUUGAAAGCUUAGCAACUUCGGAUUUAACAAAUGGAAUGCGAGUUGGUGAAAGCCAGGCGUUUGACUCUGCACAAUCUGAAGAAAUAAGAUUAUUUCAAAGGAUGGCAUUUGGUAGUCAAAAUUAUAGCUCGGACUUCUUUAAUCACUCUAGCUUGCAUAUGUAAAGGCUGCGGUAUGUAUGUAGUGGAAAAGUUUAUUUUGGACCAAACGCUCUUAAUCAAGCAAAGCCAAAGGGAUUGAAUUUUGUUGGCUGUAGAUAUGGCAAAGCUGCAUUGUUUCUUUUGAUUCUGGAACUGCUGACUGGACUCUUUUCAGUUUCAAACACCCAUUCUUGUAACCAAAGUUUAUGUUUGCUUUCAUUAACUGUUAUUUGACAGCAAUUUUGUUUUGUUGUAAUUAAAUUUGUAAAAUAUUACUUACAAUAAUAGAUAUUGAAUUGAUAGGAACUCAAAAUCAAAUAACGAUAUACUUCUUCUAAACUGCGAAAUAGAUAGAAUCACGAUGAAGCAACCUCCAAUUGAGUGUUCCUUUUAUUCAUCAUAUUAUCGCUAGAAGUUUGGCAAUAAUGGAAUUUAGACAUUACAGCACUUAUGCGCUCUAAAGGGAAGGAAAGAAGUGACGGCUAGCAUUGGC